AAAAUGUCAAUUUUAGGAUUUAAAAAUAAGACAUUAGAAAAUUGUUGUAUAAAUGUUAAAAACACCUAAAUAUAUAAGUGUACGGAAAAGUACAAAUAAUUAUUUUACUAUUGAUAUAUAAGAAAGCAGCAACGAUAUAAUGGUAAAACUUAAACCAUUUAAAGACACUGGAUCCCCAUGCUGUUGCUGUAAAAACCUAAUCUACAAAGUUGAGUUGCUUCGAAAUGAUAUCGGUAAGUUAAAAAGAGAAAAGCGAUGUCUAAAUAAUAAACUUAACGAUGCAAUAUCAUCACAGCAUAAAGCAAUGUACAAAGCAAUACAUUUAGCGGAUAGAAACAAGCUGCUAGAAGAUGAAAUGAAAGCUAUCGAUGCUCUUGCUUUAAAAGUUGAAGAAGAAAGCAACUACACUAAUGCUACGAAUAUAAAUAUAAUAAGAUUGUUAGAAGAUCAACUAAAUACAACAGAAAUAGCUUUGCAGUUGAGCAAAUGUGAAAUUACCAAGCUAAAAAAUAAAUACGAUCAACUAACCGAUCAAUUCGAUACAAUUAAAGGUGAAAAUAAUAAACUUAGUUCACUUUUGGAAGCAGUAAUCAACGAGAAACAGCUUUUAAUUAGUAAACUAAACACAGCCCAAAUAAUAGAGGAAGCUUUAAAUCAGGAAAUUGAUAAAAUACAAACCCGUGUAGGUAAACAAAAUCGGCUUAUAUCAGAAUUACAAUUUGAGAGCAGAACAGCACAGUUUAAUGGUAACCAAAGCAAUAAUGGAUCUAUAAAAGAUUUGGAAGAUCAAAAUGGGAGUAUAGAAGAAUCAGUAUCUUUAGAAAAUAGCCAGAUCCACAGAGAAUCAAAAAGAGCUUCAACUGAUGAUAAUGAACCAGAAUAUAGACGAAAAGUAAAUAAAGCUAAAAAUAGUGGGGGAAAAACAAAGAAAAUAAGAAGAGCUAUAACAACUGUGAAAGAUUUAGAAGAUCAAAAUGGGAGUAUAGAAGAAUCAGUAUCUUUAGAAAAUAGCCAGAUCCACAGAGAAUCAAAAAGAGCUUCAACUGAUGAUAAUCAACCAGAAUAUAGACGAAAAGUAAAUAAAGCUAAAAAUAAUGGGGGAAAAACAAGGAAAAUAAGAAGAGCUAUAACAUCUGUGAAAGAUUUAGAAGAUCAAAGUGAAACUAUGGAAGAAUCAUUAGUUUUAGAAAACAAUCGGAACCAUAGAAGAUUAAAAAGAGCUUCAACUGAAGAAACUAAUAAACCAGAAUAUAGAAGAGUGGUAAAUAAAUCGAAAAAUAGCGUACGAAGCAAAAGCACAGAAUCAGGAAAAGCAACCGAUAAGAAAAAAGACACUACUAACCUUAUUCGUGCUGUGAAACAUAAAAAUAAUCAUCGCAAAAAAGAGAAAGAUUGUAUAGGAACAAAAUUAAUUGACCCAGCUGAUACAAUACCUCGUGGUUAUCAUUUAAAUCAUUUAACACCAGCUUCUUCUUCUGCAAGAAAGAUUUAUUCAGGUACAUUAAGGAAAAAUAAUAAUAGCACAAACAUGGCUCAUGUGCCAUCCACGUCUCAACAUAACGGUGCCAAUGAAACUGUAUUUUCAGAUACUCUUAUCAAUUUGAAUUCUAAAUAACAAGUAAAACUUAGAAUACACUUU